AUGGAUGAUUUUCCUUUUGAUGUUGACGAUAUAGAUAAUGAGAAGCCAAGUAACGUUAAAACAUUGCAACGUAAGUCAGAAAGACCAUCUGGUAUUGCAUUAGACUCAUUGGAAGGUUUACUAGAAAGUUAUUCAUCGUCUGAUAUUCGAUCAGCUCGACGAUCGGCAUCUUUAUUAGCUAAUCCAGUGCAUCAAUCUUAUCCAUCAACACCAAUUCGACAAGUGACAAAAGGUGUUGCCGAAGUUGGUCUUGGAGGAGCAACAAAAACGCCUGUUGUUCAGGUACCAACAACUUCUAUGGUGGUUAAUCAGACAAUACCUAACACUCCAACAACAUUGCAAUUUGAAAGUCGAAUAAAUAAGAAUGAAAUCAUCACUGAACAUAUUGGCUCAUGUUCUAAGAAAAAAAUGAUAAACGAUUCUGAUAAUUCUGUAGAUAUUCAAUUACCAUCAUCAAAUGCAUCUUCCCUCUAUAUGUUUCAAACAGUUCUUGAACGAGCGUCUGUGCUAAACAAACAAAUUGAAAAAUUUGAAGAUUUAUAUAUGACUACCUUAAAUAUCGAUCCAGACAAACCAUUUGUAUUGUAUUCAGUUGGACAUCCUGAAUCAGAUGAAGUAUCUGUAGUUGGACGUAUAUGUUGUGAUUCUGUUGGACAACUGAAUGAACAUUCAAUAAUAUUAGAGGGUUCCUAUCAUCGUUCAACAUGUAAUCGUGUUCGAGUAGAUGUAUCGUCAUUGGAUAGUUAUUCAUUUUUUCCUGGUCAGAUUGUUUUAAUAUCUGGUAUCUACACUAAUGAUGGACUGUUUCACGCAAAACAAAUUAUUGAACCUACACUACCACCUAUAGCUCCAACUUUAACUAUAAAAAAUGAUUUUACUCUGAUGGUGGCUGCUGGACCAUUUUUACUAGCCAACGGUGAUUUUAGUGCCUUGAAUGAAUUACUUUCAAGAGCGAACAUCGAUCGGCCAACCGUUCUGAUAUUGCUUGGUCCAUUUGUUGAUGAACGGUCAAGUUAUGUACAAAAAUUAACCGAUAAAACUUAUGAUGAAAUUUUUCAUAGUAUUAUUAAUGAAAUUAAACGAACAUGUCUUAAUGUUGUGUUGAUACCGUCUGUACGUGAUAUUCAUCACGAUUCUGUUUAUCCAUGUUAUCCAUUUCAAACAAUAGACCAAAAUUCGAAAAUUAUGUAUGCACCUGAACCCUGUUUAUUGUCUAUUAAUGGUUUACAGUGUGCAAUAACAUCAACUGACGUAUUGUUUCAUUUAUGUUCAGAAGAAAUUAGCUCAAAUCCAGUGAAUAGUGAUCGCAUGUCUCGUCUAACAAAACAUUUAUUACAACAACGAUUGUUUUAUCCAUUAUGUCCACCUCAUGAAUCUAUUUCAAUUGAAUAUGGAUACGCAAUGGAUUAUGCAUCGAUUCCAUUUAUGCCACAUAUUUUAAUUACAACAUCUGAUUUAAAACAAUUUAUCAAAUUUGUUGAUUCUGUAUGUGUAAUAAAUACUGGACGUUUAAUUAAAAGUGAAAAAAUUGUUGGUGGUUCAUAUUCAAAAAUUUUUGUAUCUAAAACAGACUCACAACGAUCAUUUUCAUCGAAUGACCAUUUACAUGUUCAAAUUUUGCGUCUCUAA